CCGCGUACGAGGCUCGGAUUCGCGCGCACGGCUGCCUGAUGCGAGCACGCUGUGCUUCGGACAUGUACCUGCGUUGUUUGCGCGCUGGCACUCUCCCUUAGAUGCACCCAUCAUCAUGUCGGCCUGGCAUGCGCUCAACGUCGAGCCCGAGAACGAGGAGGAGGUUGAGAUCGACGACACCAAGGAAAUCCAGAUCGAAGAGGCUCUGAAGCUCUACCAAACCGCCCUCAAGCACCACUCCGAGGGCCCGCAAUCGUUUGAGAGAACCGCCGAAGCCUACAAAGCGCUCUUCGAAUCCGAAAUCUUCAGAUACCACGAAUCGCUUACCGAGUACAAGCGCCAUGAGCUCUACGGAGACGAGCUGGUGUUCGACAGCAUCCUCGAUGACAUUGAUGCCGGUCCUGUCCAGGCCACCGGCGGCACCGAGACCGCGCCGAACACGCUCCCGCAACUACUGCACCUUUCGUAUAAAAACCAUGGCCAAUUUAUCCUUGAGACGAUGCAGCAUUGGGCCAACGAGCGUGGCAUUCCCUUGCAACAGGACAGCCCAGGACAAGUAGGGUCCGCCUUGGCAAACUUUGCAGACGCUUUGGACAAGGAAGACACGGAUUUGGACCUAUGGCUAAGGACAGCCUCCGUGGCGGCUAUGCUUGGGAGCUCGCGCAUUGCCCGGUUCUGCCUUGAGGCCGUGCUGGACGGGAAUGACGAGGCGUAUGACAGCCUGCUCCGUCUGCCAGGCCUUGAGGAGGGCUUUGCGGGCCAUCAGCUCCGCGAACUAGUCAGCAAGCUAGAGGACUCACUAUCUCUCGAGAUGCCCCCACUUGCAACACUGAGGAAGAAGAAACUCUCCGAGACGCUCAAGAAACGACUGAACCCCUAUCCUUGGGCUCCGGUCCCCUCUGAGAUUUCGCGGCCCAUAGCACCAGCUGCCGAGCGACCACCUCAGCGUGUUAUCUUAAGUCCACUCAAGUGGGAUUGGGCGGGUGCAGGAGAUGUAAUUCUUCGCCACUAUAUGACAGAAACCAACACUGCAAUCGCAAACAUCCACCCAGGUUGCGCGAUCGCCCUUGGUAUGCCAUCUGAAGCCACUAUCACCGAACCCACCGAGAACGCAAAUGUAGAGGAGGAGACUGUGAUCACAGAGCCCCCAAACGUGGAUAACAUAGCCGAGCAAGACAAACUCGCCGCUUCCGCGAGACAGGACGAGGACACGAUGAUGGCCGACCAGGAGAGGCCUGAAAAUGUCAACAAAGUUGACGAGGGAGAAUCAGCAACGCUGGCUGAAAACGGGAGAGAGCUUUCGCGCAAACGCUCCACAGACUCUGCCGGGCUACCAGAAACUGCUGAGGGUGGUCGUGCCCGAAGUAAACGCCUUCGAGCACGAGAUUCAGAAGCGGGCCUGGGCGCGGAGGCCAUGGGGCAGGCUGUCAGCAAUACACUUGAGGAUCAGCUUUGGCCAUUUACAAAUGCUGAUAAAUGCCUGCGCGAAGUGAUGAACGACCAGUUCGAGAGGCUUGGUGUUGAGGGUCUCGGAACUUUGGAGAAACUACGUGAUCUGGUCAGCAAGUCUAGCACUGGAGCGGCGGCGACCGACAGUGUCGACAAAGCCGCAUGCGACAUGUACAUCGCCUUACAAACAUCAGGAUCUAAAAUCGCACCCGUAUUACUCAGUCCAGAGCCUAUGGAUCUUGGUGGAGCAUCGCGAGAAGCUGGCCUGAAUGCGUUUCUGGGUUACUCCAAAUCUAGUACUGCACAGGCUUGUGUAAAACCAACCUUGCAAAGCGAGAAGCUUGCUUCAUUCGUACAAACUAUCAACGAUGCCUGGCUCUCUACGCAAGAAGUGGCAUUCUCCUGGAUUGAGGCCCUUUUAGCACCGGGCUUCCUUUCAACAACAGACGACAGCACGCAAAGCAGCAAGUCGACUUAUGUUCAAUACCGGUGGGCAGAGGACCUCAAACGACAAGUGGUUCAGAUUCUUGUCAAUGUUGAUGAAUUCAUUCACAAUCGUAUGCUCGACCGCCUCGAGGCUCUAAAUGGUAGAAUACUAGAAGCACGAGAGCAGGCGCAGCAGUAUGCACUUUCAGCUUUUGAUCGUGCACAGAUCGAACUGAUCGAGACAAUUUUCGAACUCCAUCUCGACGUCUACUCGUUGAUCAAGCAUCCUAGCAGCGGCGUCAAUCCAAGCACGCAGACAGAGCAAAAUGAUCGACUAUCGCGUUGGGUUUCGCUCGCACGUGAAGCUAUGCAACUACGCUCGAGCUGCCAACCGAAUGUUGAACCGCUCGACGAGUUGUCUUUGCGUCAUAUAUGGGCGUCCGUCUUUCAGAUGAGCGUCGACGAUGAGGUACUACCUCAACAUGUUCUUUUUGCUAUGGAAGAGCUCAAAGAGAUCUUCAAGUCUUCGGAUGGGCAUACAAUUGAGGUCCAGAACAACGCAGUCAUGCCGGAGCUUUCAGUGGCUGCGAUAGAUCGUGAGCUUGUCCGCAUCAGCAUGAAGGACUUUUUCUUGAAGGUCUUCGACACCGAAGAGAAGGAUCCUGUCGCUGUCAUAGAGAGUUUGGAACCCAUUCUUGAAUUAUCAGAUGAGUCCGAUUUGGUCACGAACGGGCAUACAAGCGGUACAGUGGAAGAGCACGGAGAAACGCCAACGACUGACGAGGGUCCUGCAGACGUGCAAAACGCGCGUGCAUCACCCCUGCAAGAGAUGAGGAAAUUCCUCGAUUCGGCAUCUGUCAGCCUGAGGCUUUCGUUGUGGCAGCGCCUCCGCGAAGCCUACGAGGCAAUCGAAUAUCCGCCAAAAGUGCUAUCUUGCUACCUGCGAAGUAUCGAAACCUUGACGGGAAAGUUCAGCACUCUUACCUAUCAGGAAAGCUCUGAUGUGGACAGACAUGUGGAGCUCAUAAGGUGUAUUCGCAUUGUUGACGAGAUUGUGGUAAAAAUUCUUCAGAUUAUUAGGGAUGAGAAGGAUGCGUUUGCUUGUCUGACCUACGAGCACAUGCAAUCGUCCAUGUCAGCGAUUUCGCAAUCGCUACGCAUCCUGGCUGCAGCAAACUCCUUGCAGGAUUUGAUCCGGGUCGGACAGCAUAACAUACCUCGAUACGCGGAAGGAUUCCCGCCAUCUACCUUCGCCAAUAUCACUACCCGCCUCAACGAUGUCCAGGUACGGCUCUGGAUCCUCCAGUACUAUCUCUUCAAGGAAGGCAUCUCCCAAACACCGGACAAAUUCGAACUACCCUCUGACGAGCAAUUUGUUUUUCUGCGCCAUGUUCAUCAUGCUCUUGGGGUACGGUCUUGUGGCCACGCGGCCGGACGCCUCUUCCUCAGACUAGCGAAGGACGAAAUGCUAUCGUUCCAGGAUAUUCCUGAACCCGAUACACUGGCCACCGAGCUAUCACAGGUGCUCUACGAUCUUUAUGGUUUGAGAACCUUUAUCGACCCAGCGGAAUGCCAAGAAUAUGGCUCCAAUGCCGACAUUCUCGACAGGAGUGCAGCGAUGAAAUUGAUGACAUUCAUCCUUUCUCAAGCUGCCAAGAUGAAUAUCAAGGAUCUUGCGAAACACGAGUUGAAAACCACGAUCGACCGGAUACAUGGAGCACUUGGAAGGCCCAGAGUUCAUGAAGACAUAUCACAAAAUGGAAGGAUACUAAAGGCCUAUCUAAAGUCUCCAAUAAACCCAACAGACUUGCUCAGCUGCUUGAAGGGUGUUGGAACACUUCCCACAAAACCGAUCCUUGCUGAUGCCUCCGUCGCUCCGGCCGCCAAGGGAUGGUACUUCUUGAUGGGAAAUCUUGCACUUACCAAGUUCAAAAUGCAGAAGAGGACUACUCAACAACCGACCGAGGACGUCAACUUUGCUCAGGCAUUCUUUUUGCAAGAUUUGGAGUUCUCCAGCGAGCGUUGGGAGACGUGGUAUCGCCUUGCGCAAGCGAACGAUACCCAGUUGGAAGAGGCUGUGUCCUGGACCGCUGAGAAACUCAACAACAGUAGCGUAGAGCUCGUCACCUGGCAGCGGGCGGCAAUCCACUGUUAUUGUAUGGCAGUUAACUGUGCCGUUCGCGAAGCAGACCUAUCCAUUGAAACGCUUGCGAAAGUCUCCCGGUUGUACGCAGACUUUGGCAACCGGAUUUACGCCUCAUCGCGAGAGCCUUUCAGUAUGAAUGCGUUUGACAUCAAGGAUACGGAGAAGAAGUUCUACAGUGCGCCGGACCAUGCGCCUGUAUACACGAAUUUACCAUUUGCUCCAUUGUUGCCCUUCACCGCUUGGAAGUUUGCUGGAGCUUUGUUUAAGCUCGCGGCCAGAGGUGAACCCGAGAAAUGGUGGAACCACUAUAUGCUUGCAAAAAGCCUCUGGAAGAUGCACUGUGCCAAUAUGGACGAAAUUCGGAGGGCUACAGCAGAAGGCAGACCGCCGACUUUGAGAAACGGACCAUCUUGGGAAGAAGUCAUCAAAGCCAUCGUGAAUGCUAUCAACACUGUACCUGAGAAGAAAGAGCGGGGCAGAGAGCCGAUUCUGGAGCCUCAUUACAAGCUCGUCUCUAUUACUCACAAGCUUGUUCAGCGCAAAACGGUUGACAUAGAGAAGGGUGUUGAGGUCCUGUCCAACACACCAUUCUCAGAGAACCUCAGCACUCCAGAAAACACCGACGAAUGGGAAGGAUACAUACUCAAGGUGCUCAAGGCGCUACGUAACACUGACAAGUCAAGCUGGCACCAUCGCAUUAUUGCUCGAGCGGCUCAUGUCAUAUAUGAUGAGUCCAAUGAUAUUAUGGUCGCUCAGGGCGCAAAACAUGAGCUCACCCAGCAGAUCUUUACGAAAACUAUGGCAGUCCAAGUAUGGAAGCCCGAACAUGAGCGACCCGGCCGCCACUUCGUGUACACCAGCCGUUACACCAAAUUUUUCGUUCACCUGCUUAACCAAACUGGCGACCAACCAAACCUAGAGGCGUUGGCCCGACGUGUUCGGAGAAAGCAGACAGAUUUCUUCGAGCACACGAAGUUAUGGCAGGAACUAUGCCAAACAUACCUCCAACUCCUGCGAAGAAUGGGCCAGAUUCCUGAUGGCCAGGAGGACAUUGUCUUCAGAGCUAUGAAUUUCGAAGAAUAUAACGUCCAGGCUACCCGUCUCGAAGCGUGGUGCCAGGACCCGAAGACACAGCAUCCUGCUCUCGAUGUACUGCGACAUACGGUGGAGCUGAAGCGCGUUAACAAUGGCCUCACUAAAGCUGUCCCAAUCGACGACCUCCUUGGGGAUACCUUCGCCCUGCUCUACAACACGGUCGGCCCAACCCUCCCACCUUUACCUUCAGAACAAAAACCGCUUUCGACAGGAACAGCAACACCAGACGCCGGCGCACAGGCAGGACCUGGAGCGCCAUUCCUGCCAUCAGUGCUACAGGGUCAAGUUGAUGGCGCCAUACCUACUGACAGUCAUAACGCCCCCUUCAGCCUCUUCCAUUCAAGUCAAUUGCAGCCGCCACCUCAACUACAACCGGUCGCCGAACCUGUCCCCAAACCUCGAGCCAAGACUGUCGGUCGCAGAGAGAUCCAACGUCGCGCCGAAGCGUGCGCGCAAAAACCAGCCGGUGCGGUCGCCCCUCCCACUACGUCGGUGAUGCCUAUUCGCUCCCCGCCUAUCGUAGCACACGCGACGCUACCCUCGACAAACGCCGUUACUGCGCGAACCGCUCCCUCACCUGACAAUUCCGCGGCGCCUGAGCCCUCUCCCACGCCUGUCACAGGGCCCAGCGCACUGAAGCCGCCCAACGCCACGACAAACGGCACGAUUACGGCAGCUCCUAGCGUCACCGCUGACGAGCGCAGCGCCCCUGCCUCCGUGCACGACGAUGCAGACGACGAGAGCGAGCUUAGCGAGCUUGAUGAGGACGAAGUGCAGGAGAUGGGACAGCAGAUCCACGGUGUGGGAAAUCGAGCUAUUUCUGCGUCGAGACCUAGCUUGUUUCCGAACUUACAGAGGAGUUUGGAUAGGGAGGUGAAAGAUACGGAUACGGAAGGGGACAAUGAGGAGGAAGAGGAAGAAGAGGAGGAAGAGGGAGCAGGAGGUGGGGAUGAGGAUGGAGAUACGGAGAUGAGGGAUGGAGAUGAGUAGAGCUGUCCCUCGUGUCAGAUCUCGUGAGCGGUCUCGAGAUUUCGGCCUUGCAUGUUCAAUUUGUCAUUUGUAACGGAGUUUGGUUCAUGGGAGGUACAAGUGCUACGGAGUUUCUGCGUCGGGGCUGAGGACCGGGCUAUUAGGCACUAUGGACGGACUGCACAUGAUCGACGAGUUGUAGAUACCCCUGGCUAGAUUGUACGAUAUCUUUGUCCAAAACGAGC